AUGAACAAAGCAGCCAUGAAUCCGAGCAACAUGGUGUCAAUCCUCGUCUUCUUGGUGGCCACAGUCGCUGUUGGUCUGGACAUCGACCCCCAGUCCGCUUCUGUUGCCCUUCAGCACCUCAGUAUCACCUUUGCCCCCAACGCGCUUGACACCCUUCAAGCCCACGGCCUAUGGACUCCUAGCCCCGCCGGCCUCGACGGCCUUGAGCCCAUGUUUGACCAGAGCUUCAAUGCGACCCUCGAGAAGGAGAAGUUCGAGGAAUCUGGCCUUGACAUCAACAGCCUGGUCAACCUCGGUUUCAUCGAUGACAAGAGCAAGAACAUCACCAGCAUGGCCAUCGCUGACGUCUGCGCGCCCGUCAACAGGUUCUCGUCAGUCGUCUGGUGUGUCCCAACUUAUGAUUCGUUCGUCCUAAAUGCUGAUGCAGGCCUGGUGGGAGCUACCCUAUCCGCUUCUCAGGCAUUUUCCAACUUUGCCCAUGAUUGCCAGGGGAUAGGAUUUAAUGGGGAUUACACGACGGUCAUCGGGAUGAACUGCAUCAGUGAAAACAAUAUUCCCCACACGUCCUGGUUGAAUCUUGACCUCUGUCUCUCCUAUGAGUCCCCCGACCUGGUCGGUCACCGACGUGGUGGCUACGUCUCAACCUCGAGGUGCUCAAACUGCACCACAGGCUCCGGCGGCGUAUACAACUACACUUGCUACUGCUCUGCCUCCGGUGUCUGGUCUUGGGCUGCCACUUUCAUCGGGGUCAACCAGACCAACGGCGUGAUCUGUUGCAACGCGGGAACCGAUGAGGACCCAGCGGUCCGAUGCGGGAAUCUUCAGACUUUCUCGUGA